UUCCAUUUGGACGGGCCUUACAGUUGGAAUUUCGCGCUACGCUGCACCUGGCCACACUGCUCAGCGUUACAAUUGGCUGUCCAACCAAAACAUUCCCCACUCAGUUUCCAGUUGGACGCCAGGAUCAAAGGAGCACAGCCCCGGGCACACGAAGCAUACGGAGCACACGGAGCCAAGGACCCAAGGAGCACUAGAAGCCACGAGGACCCAAGCAGCUGCUGGCCAGGAUGAACGGACUGCCGCCGAGCAAGCACUACAACUUGACGCACUACCAGCAGCGCUACAAUUGGGACUGCGGACUGUCCUGCAUCAUCAUGAUCCUGUCGGCGCAGCAGCGGGAACAGCUCCUUGGGAACUUCGAGGCCGUGUGCGGCGAGGAGGGAUUCGGCUCCAGCACCUGGACCAUCGACCUGUGCUAUCUGCUGAUGCGCUACCAGGUGCGCCACGAGUACUUCACCCAAACACUCGGCAUCGAUCCCAACUACGCACAGCACACGUACUACUCCAAGAUCAUUGACAAGGACGAACGGCGGGUGACGCGCAAGUUCAAGGACGCACGGGCGCACGGACUGCGCGUGGAGCAGCGCACCGUGGACAUGGAGGUCAUACUGCGACAUUUGGCCCGCCACGGACCCGUCAUCCUGCUGACCAACGCCUCACUGCUCACGUGCGAGGUGUGCAAACGCAAUGUCCUGGAGAAGUUCGGCUGUUUUCACAUACCCUGCAUUGUACAAAAUACACGCCUUCGUGGAUCCAAAAGGUAUGCCGGACACUAUGUGGUGCUCUGCGGCUACGACAUGGCCGCCCAGAAGCUCUUCUAUCACAAUCCCGAAGUUCACGAUGGCCACAUUUGUCGCUGCCUCAUCGAGUCCAUGGACACAGCCCGUCGCGCUUACGGCACCGACGAGGACAUCAUUUUCAUAUACGAGCAGAAGGCAACUAGCGAGUAGAUGGGGGAUUGACCAGAGGAUCAACCAGAGGAUUAACCAGAGGAACAGGAACUGGAGUACCUGCCGUCGCCAGGUUGCCAGGUGAUGAGAAGGCAUGAUUGCAAUCUGCGCUUGUGAUAUUAGGUCUUUAGGAGGAGAGCGUGUGGGUGGUAAAAUGACAACGCUGCUUGGUUAACUUUGGCACAACAGUGUACUUUAUUUAGGUAUUGUUAGCAGUUGGUCCCCAUAAAAAAAACCAAAAACAAUUACACACGUCUAUGUAAACUUGCCAGGCAGCGUCUGCUUUAUAGGGGCGAUCCAUUGGCGCUCCAGAAAAAAAAAACAAACUGUCAAGGGAAAGUAAACUUAUGUAUCUUAGUUAUGCUUACGCAGAACAAUAACAAUUGUAUGCCUAGCUUACUUUCCGUUUGGCGCGCCCCAAAGCAAUUUCCAUAUUUGUGUAGUACGAAUACAUUCCAAUAAGUUGAUGCAUGCAUGUAGAAAAUAAAUAAGAUU